GGCAGACUUCCUCCAAGCAGCUGUCUCAUAGGCUGAGUCAAAGAGAGGUAACAGGCGCUGCAGAGCUCCGCUGUCAUUUAAGGGCAACUGUCGCUUAUUGACAACCAACUCCUGCCAUGUGUCCAGUCUGCCGUGUGGGGGCAGCUCUGUUUCUAUUGUUCGUCGUUCCCCUCCCCUUCUUGGAGACAGAGGCACCCCCUCACAGCCACAGAAAGGUGAAGGAGCCAAAGUGAGGAUUUGCAGGAGAAGAACUGCGUGAGUCACGAAUUAUUUACAAUCUACACUCAGUGAUUUAUUUACUUAUUUGUUUCGGUGUCAUCAACAGAUCUCAUCAUCAUCAUGAGGAAGAUCAUCAACAAACACCUGUGCUUCUUCGUGCUUAUAUUCUCGUUGUCCUGGGCAGAGGACAUGAAGAGAGAUGUGGGCAAGACUGAUGAUGACACAGUUUGGAGUCGAGUGAAGACCAGGCAGUUGUUUGCAAGACGAAAGAUUUCUCCACCACAGGAAAAUCAUGUUCCUAAACAAAAGUCAGACGUUAUAACCCCUGCACGUCGCUGCGGCCGCCUGAUGGAGAACUGCUUCUCUCACAUGUUGUGUUGUGAUCCCUGUGCCUCCUGCCGCUGUCGACUCUUCAACACCAUCUGUCACUGCUGGAAGAUAAACCCCCUGUGCUCAAAGAAGACGUAGAGGCAGCACACAGUUGCACAGACACACGCAGCACCUGGACAGAGGUAGUGAUACACAUACAGUACGCUGCCUUCUGAACUGUGGCUUUAAAUCUUUUACAGCACAAGUGCAGAACAAAGAAUAUUUUAGUUCAUUUCAGAUUAAAGUAGAAGCAUUUGAAAAACCAUAAACAGACUGAGGCUUAAAGAGAAGGUUCCUUCUAUUGCCUGUGGAAGAAUGAAGGAAGUGAUGGAGUGUUUUUCUGUCUUUAGCCUUCUGAGGCAUGAAUAUGAAAAAAAAAAAACUCAUAAAUGUUUACAGAUUAUCCAAACAUACAGUAUAUGUAGAUAUAACACAGGAUGUGUGACACAUGUAGACAAUCACAUGUAACCUGUGUUGUGCCUUGGGUGUUUCCUGUUGCUUUUGAGUAUCUUUUUCAUUUCUAAACUUGUGGGGACCCCAAUAAUUGGAUUUACUUUAGAAGCUACAGCAAAUUCUUUUUUUUACUCACUGGGUUAUGGACUAAAUGUGGAAAAAGUAAAACAAAAUAGUGUGAUUUGGGUCGUUAACAGUUAACAUCUGAAUUUAAAAGAGAAAUUCCUGUUCAUAAGUAAACUGUGCCUUGGAGAAGAGAUGAUCUGGGGUCCCUCAGUGAGGAAGUAACUAUUAUUCGCAUGUGGAUUUUUGAGGAAAGCUUAUAUUUUUUUUACUGAAUAAAUAGAUGUAAGCCUGUGUUCUGCCCUCAAUUUUUUGUGUGUUUUUCCUUACUGAUUUUUUUUCCAGUGCAGUGAAACAUAUCAUUUAGAAAACAUGAGAUUCUCUCCAGGCAGCCUGCAGUACAUUAUAUUGUUUGACACCAUGUCGUCUCCUUGUCACAUGGAAAAGAGAAGGAAAAACAUCUGCUCACAAAAAUGAGCCCAUAAUGAGAUGUAACAAUAGAUAACUGAAUUCAUAAAGAACAACUGGUAGCUGUAAACAGAAGACAGCAAAGGGUGAAGUGCUACUAAAUCACAUUUCAGUCAUAUGUUCAUAAUGGGGCUAACCCACUAAAGUUCACAGAGCUGAACAUAUGGGCUGCGUCCGAUUAUGUAAGAUAAAGUGCAUAAAUCAACAGCAGUUAAAGGGAGCAAGGCAAAAAGGAAAGGUCAGCAGGUUAAACAGAAAUAUGCAAGAAACAAAAUAAAUGUCAAACGUGAUAUCUACUGUAGCAGAAUCCACUUGAUCUGUCUUCUGCUGCCUGAUACGGCACAGAUUGAUUCUCACACAUGAAAAGAACACAUGUACGCUAAGAUGCUGGGAGCGCUGCAUGUUGGUGGUAGUUGGGUGCUCGUGCAUGGGUCCUCUUUGUGGGCUUCAGCUCAGCGUUCAACACUGUC